AUGUAUCGAUUACUUACUGGAAUACUUAUCUUACAUCAUAUUCAAAUAGUUAGUUCAAUCAUAUGUUAUCAAUGUACAGAUUGUCCAGAUCCAUUUACAGAAACUUAUCCAUAUGUAACUUUAGCAAAUAAUACAAAUUUUCUUUCUCAAUGCACUAAAACAGUUAUGAAUAUGGCUGAUGGUCGUCGUUUAGUAUCAAAAGGUACAGUAUUUUUUUGUCCAACUCAAACAUCGGCUGCUGAUGCUCAAAUAUAUUGUUGUAGUUCGGAUUAUUGUAAUGUCAGUACUCAAUUAAAUGUAUCAAUGAGUUUAUUGUAUUUAUCAUUUUUUAUUUUAAUGAAAAUAUAUUUAUGAAUAUAGACAAUAAAAUAAAUUGAAUUGUAUUUGAUAAUUGUUGAUAAGAUUUUACUGAACAAGUUAUUUUUUUAAUCAAAAUAUCAAACAAUAUCGUCUAUUUCUUCUUUCAUAAAUAAAAUUUUAUUUAUAUGUAUGUACAAUAUCUGACAAGGUGAAAAAUUUUAUUCACAUUAAAUUAAUAAUAAAAACAUUAUUAGUUUAUUAAUACAUAUUUUCUAUUCAAAGUAAAAUAAAAAAUACAUUGAAAAAAGUACAUAAAAAACACUUAAACUAUGUUAUUAUAACACAAAAAAGCUAUUUUAUAACUCAAUUUUUAAUACAAUAUAAAGAUUUCAAUUGAAAGGGAUCCAUCUAUAGAAUUCCAUAUGUAUACACAAUGUACUGGCUUAUAUUUUAUAACUCCUAUUUCCAAGAAUAUUACCAGAAAGGUAAUUUUUUCCUCAUGAAAGAAGUAAAAGCCAACUUCAGGCGCAGUAAAAAGUUAAUAUUGUCUUACAUAAAAAAAUGAAGGGCCUCA